UUCAAAAUGAGAGUUUGCAGACACUUGAUGUUGAUCUGCUUAACUCUCCUUCCGGUUUGCGGCCGUUCAUCCAUGGAAGGGAUCACGUUUACCACUGAAACAACCGACCUUCAAGAAAACUGGAUUUCACUGGCAGUAAACUCUACUGUCAAUUACAAAGCAAUGUCCAUAACUGAGAAACAAAUGAUUAUAAAUCACAAGACAUUACCGUCCUCUACAACGAGAAACCCAGGAGGCUUUUCAUGGAAGGAUAGCGAGGCCCUGUUGACGUUGAUGUUGGGGAUCAUCAGAGCUGAGCUGUCGCAAUGCAUCCUAACAAUAGUAUGGGACGCUGUUUUGGCUGAUUCUGUUAUUACUGAGAGCCUGUCCCGUCUUCCCAAUGUCAAACAGAUUGUGGAAAGUGGGGAAGUAGGUAAACUGUUAUGGCAGGCAAAGCAAUGUAGGGGUUACAUCUUCCUGUUGACCGAUCCCUCCUCCUUGAUGGACCAGGCUGAGGCUGCACACGACGCCUGGGACUACUCCGGCAGAAUGGUGAUAGUUGGACUCAGCAGAUCUCAUAUCGACACCAUCACAAGAACUAAGAAAGGCCGGAAGACUGAACACAUCUUGGGAAUCGUUCAGGAUAACUUUGGACACUAUAUAGUACUCAUGAAUCAGUUAUACAACAUUAAUCGCCUUGUCCAUGUGUUCACCUGGCAAACAACCGUCACCACUCCUCAGAAGUAUUCGACUUACCUAAACAUCAAACCAAAUAGUGAAAUUUCCAUCAAAAGUCACUCUCUGAAACUACCCACGAGUAUACCAAAUUUUACUCAAAAGUUUUUCCCUGACAAAACUAAGGACUUCCAAGGCUCCAUUCUAAAUGUGGUAUGGUUCCUGUUCCCUCCAGAGAUAAUGUAUAGCUACGACGAGAAAGGGAACGUGAAGGUGCGGUAUGGUGGCAAUGUGAGGCUUGUGGAAACAGUGGCUGAGAUAUUUAACUUUACCCCACGCUUUAUGGAGCCACCUGGAGGUAGUUUAUGGGGGCACCAGCUACCAAACGGAUCCUGGACAGGCAUGGUGGGCAUGUUUGAGAGAGACGAGGGAGAUCUAGGCAUUGCUAACCUGUUCAUUUCGGCGCUGGGAGGACGAAACGAGCACCAGCACUACACGGCACCCUUCGGCCAGGAGAAUACAUGCUUUAUGAUGAAGAAAGGAACAAGCACUCCUCGGUGGCAAUCCCUUGCCCUGCCCUUCGGAAGAGACACGUGGAUCGCCAUCCUGGUGAUGGCUUUCCUCUUGGGUCCUAUCUUCUUCGCUCUGUCCCGGCCCCGUAUUACCAGAGACGAGAAGCUCACCCAACAGUCCAUGGCUUUUAUUAACCUUUACACUUUUGGAGUUCAUCUGAGAGUCGCCCAAACGCAGAUUCCAGUUUCACUUAGUCUACAGAUAUUUGUGGCUUUUCUUUGGGUGUAUGUGAUAAUCGUACUGGAAGCGUACAGUGCAAAGCUGGUCUCCUUUCUCACUGUGGAAAGAAUACCCGAGGGCAUCAACACGAUUGAGGAACUCUACUAUUCUUCUUUUCCAAUCUACGGCAACACUCGUUACUAUAUUGAUAGUCUCGAACUUGCCCAAAAUAUUCAUGCAAGAAAACUGGCUGAACGGUACAUUAUACUGCGGGAGUUCGAUGACGCCUACAAGUAUCUCAUGGGUGGGCACGGCGCAUACAUUGCCUCAGCAAACAACCUAAUCUACAUGAUAUCUCUGUACUCCAAGAACGGCAAUCCCACCUUGAGAUUGAUGAAGGAGUGCUUCCAGCCUUACAAUACGGCACUGGGUGUGCAGAGUCACUCUCCACUGAAGAGGAAUCUGGACCAAGCAGUGAACUGGGUUCGAGAGGCCGGGCUACCCUACCAGUGGAGGCGUGAGACACUAAUGAUUAUAAGGCAGGAGAGAAUGACAGCACCCAGCGAUUCUGCUGACGCUUCUGAGCCCGAGGGCGAAAAACGCGUGUCAUUCAGCUUGGAACACUUGCAAGGCGUGUUCAUCAUGUUUGGAGUCGGGUGUGGCCUAUCGCUACUUGUGUUCACUUCAGAGCUUCCCAUUUACUAGGGCUACAUGAAGUGGCUAUACAUCUGUCCUUCCCUCCGUGCUCUACACUUGUAUCAUGCGUCCAUCAGUCCAGAGACCACACCUAGCAUCGUUACGUAAUUCCUCUCGAUGUUCACUUAUUUAAUAGAAGUACCUUUCAACAAAAAGAACUGUUCCAUUUCAGUGGUUACUUCAUUAAACUGUUCACCUCUUCCACACUUGUGUCGUCCUUCACUAAUAUAAUGACUCGAUAAUUCAGUUUCCCCAUUAUUAUUUUAUUUUUUCAAGGCAUUGAUUCUAAAGAAAUAUUAUAUAUCACCCUAUAAAGUGUUAGGUUUCAUUGGAAAAAAAAAAAAUAUUAA